AUGACCGCCAAACACCCUUUCCUUGCUUUAUCCAUUCUUCGAGCAAGAAAGGGUACUUUUGACCUUGUCGUGACUGAUUAUCACAUGCCGGACAUGAAUGGUCUCGAGCUACAGAGGCAUGUCCGAGAAGAAUUCGAUUUGCCGGUGAUCAUCAUGUCGAGUGACGAUCGACAAUCAGUGAUAUUAAAGAGUUUACAGACAGGAACUUCCCUCUACAUUGUGAAACCGGUGAGGGCAGAUGAUUUAAAAAAUAUUUGGCAGUAUUGUGUUGCAAGGAAAAAGGGAAAAGCAGUUGUCAUUGAGGAAGAAGGUGCGAGUGCCUCAACUGGCGCGUCACUAUAUCAGAGAAUAACACAUGAAGAUUUUAACAUUCCUGUCCAACCCUUGACUUUGGAAAAGGAAGGCUCUGCCCAGGAUCCAAAUGGGAAGAAAAGGAGCAGGGACGACGAUGACGAUGAAAAUUAUGAAGGAAUUAAUUACUCCAUGAUCCCUCCAAGAAAAUCAAAGGUGGUUUGGAAUACUGGGCUUCACGAUCUGUUUUUACAUGCUAUCAACUACAUCGGACUUGACAAAGCUGUUCCCAAAAGGAUUCUUGAGUUCAUGAACAUCCCUGGAUUAACUAGAGAGAACGUAGCCAGCCAUUUGCAGAAGUAUCGCAUAUUCUUGAAGAAAGUCGCAGUUGGAGACAAUGGCGCACCAAGAGCAAGAGCAAGAGCAAGUAGCUCUUAUGGAGAAGCCCCAAGUUCAAGCUCAACAUCACACCCUCGUUCGUUGGCCAGGAAUGAUGUCCAACAACAAAUGCCUCCUAAUGGUUUUCCAAGGACGCAUCCCCAGCCGCCCCUUCCUGAAAUAAGGCCCCGUGGGAGUACCCAGGUACUCAAUGACCAAAAUAGCAAUGCCACACCAGUACGAUUUCCUCCUCGGGAUGCGUCAGGUGUUGGCCUUUCCAUCUUUAAGGAUCCAACGUUUGGUAACUCCAGUGUAUACAACCCCAAUCGAACAACGGCCUCGAGUUUGCAAGUGAUUAGGCCCAACACCGGAGGUUUUUCCAUCCCGAAGGAUCCAAUGUUCGCUAACUCCAGUGUUGGUAUCAAUCCUUAUCGCACCAAUGCCUCAGCUUCACAAGCAAUCCUGCCCAACAACGGAGGACCAAGGGACGUGCAAAUUUCAUCUUUCGGCCCUGCAAAUGUCAUUACAGGCCUUACCAAUCCGAAGCAAGUGUACGCUCCACAGAAUCAUUCUUCAACUUCAGGAGCUUUCAUGCCUAGCUUGAGCAGCAUUGCUCAUUACCCUUCUGUCAAUUCAAACCCCACCAAUACCAAUUUCUGGGGCACUCAAAUGACUGGAGGUGGUGGAAAUACGCUUGAUGAUAACAAGGGGUUCAUGGGUCCCAUUGGCUAUGAUAAUUUUGGAACUUCCUCAUCAAAUUUUGGGGAAGGGAGCUCGUCAGGGCCUUACUUUGUUCAAGAAGCGCAAGAGACUCCGUUUGGAUUUCACAUCACUGAGCCAUUGCCACCACUUGUUUCUCCUGCUGCUAAUUGGCCAGAGAGUCCUCUCUUUCAACCAGCACCCACAGCACAACCACCUGUUGCAAGUAUUGAGCCAAUAAAUGCUCAUGAACAAGAUGUAAUGGAAAAUGCUCCCACAGUUGUGAAUAUCCAGGAUCAGCAGCAUUAUGGAGACGGUGAUCUUUUUGAUCUCGUUUUCAACCAACCGGCUAAUAAGGCUAUUCAGCUCAAUGGCCACGACAUCGAGGCCCCAGAAAACAGGUUACCUCUGCCCUCCAAUGAAUGCUCCAAUCAGCAACAAGGGAACAAUGAGCACUGCGCUAUGCCUCUCCCGGAGCCAACUACUUCAUUCAGUGAUCUGUUUGCUGAUGAGGGAUCAUAUCCUAAUAUAUGGGGUGAGGACUUCAUAGACGCCUUGCUUACUGGUAGCCCCUUUCUGUGA